ACUGCAGGUCACUGCCGCCUCAGCUUUUAGAUUUGAUGAGCCGAGAGAUGUCUCUGCUGGUUGAGUAACUGACCAGGACUUAUGAAUGAAAACACAUCGCACACAGCGGGGGCAGAGAGAGGGAGAGCGUGUUAUUGCAUUUGGAGGUUCCUGUCCUGGUGUAACUGUCAGAGCAUAAUGGUGGCAUUUAAAGGGAUCUGGACCAAGGACUUCUGGAGGGCCGUAUCUGGAGAGUACCUGGCCACUCUCAUCUUUGUCCUCCUCGGUCUGGGCUCCACCAUCAACUGGGCUGCAGGGGAGGAGAAGCCUCCCCCAGCCGACCUGGUCCUUAUCUCGCUGUGCUUUGGCCUCAGCAUUGCCACCAUGGUGCAGUGUUUUGGCCACAUCAGCGGCGGACACAUUAACCCGGCUGUCACAGUAGCCAUGGUUGUGACUAGAAAGCUGAGCCUGGCAAAGGCGUUGUUCUAUGUGUUGGCUCAGUGCCUGGGAGCCGUCACAGGAGCCGGGAUUCUCUACCUGGUCACGCCUGCUGCCUUCCGAGGGUCCCUCGGCAUGACCACAGUGAACUCCAAUAUCUCAGUGGGACACGCCCUUCUUGUGGAGCUCAUUAUCACAUUUGAACUGGUUUUCACCGUCUUUGCCACCUGUGAUCCCAAACGCACAGACCUGGGCGGCUCGGCUGGCUUGGCCAUUGGCUUUGCUGUGGGAAUCGGUCACUUAUUUGCAAUUCCUUAUACAGGAGCCAGCAUGAACCCUGCUCGUUCCUUUGGGCCUGCAAUGGUCACACUUGACUUCGAGAACCACUGGGUGUACUGGGUUGGUCCUCUUCUGGGAGCCAUACUGGCUGCUGGCUUGUACGAGUACCUGUACUGCCCGGACCCCGAGUUAAAGAAGAGGCUGAAACAGCUUUUCCAGAAGGACCCGUCAGGGAAAUACAGGGAGGUGGAGGCAGAGGACAUUUCAAUCAAGCCGGGCUCCAUGCACACCAUCGACCUGGAGAAAAGUGAGAAGAAAGAUCCUUUCCAGGAGUCGGCGGGAGAUGUGUUGUCCUCUGUAUGACUAUCACGUGCACUGGAAAUGGAGACCAAUCUGUAGACCAGAUUGACAAACAGCCCCCUCGAAAAAAAACGUUGUCCUCAUUAUAGCAGAAUAUGAUUCGUAUCCAUGAGACUUUACAGCAGCGCUGAAUUACGCUCAUCGUCAUGAAGCUAAUAUGACGUUAUAGCUCAAUCCCGCAAACAACUACAGCCUGUUCAAUACCACUCCCGAGGCCCCCGAAUGGUUGUGUGCCAGUGUUGGCAUGCGGCGCACACCGCAAAAUGACAACCCACAACAAUACAUUGCAUUAGAGGGAAUAUUCGUGGGGCCGACCAAUUAGUUGGGGUCAUCAUGGUGUACCAGGGAAGUGGAGAAGAAAAUGCAGCCUUGUUAUUUUUGGAUUAGUGUCACAUUUGGUCCGUGGACUGUAUCUGCAAUAACAGGUGCCGUUUUCCUUGUGAUCAUUAAGCACAUUACAGGUUCCAGGCAACACAAGCCAUCUCUGACAGUCAGACAUAUAUUACAGUGCUCUCUAUUUUCAGUGCAUUAGUCAGGGAAGCAACAAAAGUUCAUCUUCAUGUAAGUUUCUGUUUAUCUCUACUUUUGAUGUUCAUAACUUUACAAUGAUUUAAUUAUUUUCGGUUUUCAUUAAAUUAGAUGUUCUCAUUUACCUUUUUUUUUUUUUUUUUACAUCCAGAUUUGGCUCUUGCAGCACAUUUGUUUUUCUGUAUGAUUCGCUGUAUUUCAUACUUCAUACAAGCAUUUCAUUUAUUGAUAAGGCAUUUGGCUGAUCUGUCUUUGUCACUCUGUGCUCAAACACAGUAUUUCUAUUUCAUGCUCACAAACUGGAAGUACUAUAAGAUAUCUUCUUUUCCAACGCAAACAGAAUAGCUACACAAAUCCAUUGCAACGUCCACAUAUUUAUAAGAAAUCUGGAAACUGUUUACACAUGCUUGGCCAAUGAAGCCGAUUCUGAUUCUGAUUCUGAUCUAGUGACCAUACCUACAAGGUCCAUCAAUUGAGCCACUUGUUUCUGUUACUAGGAGCUGAGCGCUGGGGAGAGGAGCAGUCUAGAUCGAUGAUGGGUUGGCUCAUCCACCCUGAGAUGAUGUCUCCCUGUGGCCAGAUAAAUGUCCGUAAUGUGUGUUCCUUGUGAGUUAAGUCUCUGGGAAUGGCUUUGUAUCUCAUUCGAUCAGCGGAGAGCACAGAAAAUAAUUUAUCUUUGCAAUGCGAAAAAGAGACAAUCUGAUGUGUUUCCACUUCAUUUUUUUUCUCUCAGAGAGAAAGUAUUUUUCUGUGACGUAGAGGAAGUGGUAGGUUUUCUACCUGCUGCAACUAUAUUUCAUUUGCAAGGGCUUGCACGCCAGUGUAAUUCAGACACUAAACCAAACUUGUUUUUACUCCUACAUGGUCUAACUCCCCCAUCUCAUCUUGUUCCCAAACAUGGUGCGGUUUAUUUCAUUUUUUGUGUGUUACCACAGCAGCAUCUACUGGCCACAGUGUGCAUUACACAGUGAGAAAUUGCGCUCCCAUUUGUAUUUCUCCAGGGGAGGGCAGCCACGAGCCUUGGAUGUACAGCACACUGCAGACAUUGGCAGACACAAGUCAGUUUUAUUCACAAGUCUGAGCCACAUUUGAUUUGAAAUUGGUCCAGGCCAUUAAUUCAGAACUACUCAGGAGGUGGGUUUUUUUGUAUUUGUUUGGGGAUUUUGGGUCAAACUUUGUAUUCAUAGCAUUUUUACACAUUUUUGUGACAGUAUGAGAAAUGCUUAUUUUAACUUGAGCUGCCUUGUUUGAGUUGCAUGCCCCAUACUUUUUCUGUAAUAAAGAUUGAACUUCUGAA